UCCCUGCAUCGGUCAGACACACAUGAUCUAUGGGAACUAUAAGAACGUAGGUCAUUCGGAGAGUAUACAGGAGACCAACCAACGGAUGUAUAAUGAAUUUAAAGCGCGCAAUGUUUCGAUUGGUGGUGUGAUAGCGUAUAUGGUGCGGGCAGUGAUCGUGGUGGAUCCGGAGCUCAUGAAGUCAAUUUUAGUGAAGGAUUCUGCGAACUUUCCAGGUCGUGCAAACUUUAAUUUGGAGUUUGAACCACUGUUGGGGAAUUUGUUCUUUCUGGAGGGUGAAGCGUGGCGAUUGCUGAGAAUGAAAAUCGCACCUAUGUUCAGUUUAAGUAAGAUUAGAGUGAUGUUCGAGACUAUCCUCGAGGUGGAGGAUCAGUUGGAAAAUUAUUUGAUGGAUGCAACGGCAAACGGUGGUCAGGAGCUUGAAAUGAAGUAUAUUAUGGCCGGGAACACGAUGGACGUUAUUGGGACGUGUGCGCUAGGAAUAAAAUGCAAUAGCUUGCGGGACAACAAUAGUGAGCUUCAUAAAAUUUUCAAUGAAAUAACCGAUCAGACGCCAGUAAAAUUAUUGUUGUUAACAAUACUGCUGUCGUUUAAGCGUUUAUCUGCUAUGUUCAAGAUCAAACCAACGAUUGCAAAUGUGGAGAAGUUUUUCGUGGAACUUGUGCGUAGUACGAUCGAUUACCGAGAAAAGAACAACAUUCAGCGGAAUGAUUUCCUGAACUUGUUGAUUCAGUUAAAGAACAGUGACGAUCCGGAGGAAAGCUUGACGAUAGAAGAGAUUACUGCUCAGGUGUUCUUUUUUUUUUGGGCGGGUUUCGAUACUUCCGCGAGCGGAUUGGUCUGCUGUCUGCAUGAGCUAGCGAUGAACCCAGAUAUUCAAGAGAAGGUGCGGAGCGAAAUCAUGCGGGUAUGCGACGAUAGAGUGCUUACCUACGAAAGAGUUUCCUCAGUGGAGUAUCUGAAUAUGGUUAUUGAUGAAACUUUCCGCAAAUAUCCGCCAGGAGAUUUACACAGGAACAUAUUACAAGAUUAUCAAGUCCCUGGGAGCGAUCUCAAGCUCCCAGCGAAUACGAUGGUUAUCAUCCCAACUUUUGCCAUCCACCAUGAUCCAGAGCACUAUCCGGAGCCAGAACGGUUCGAUCCGGAGCGAUUCAACGCAACAAACCGAGCCAAUCGACAUCCGUACGUGUAUUUACCGUUCGGAAAGGGGCCCCGAUACUGCAUUGGAAUGCGUUUUGGACUAACACAGACAACUCUAUGGCUCGAUGUGUGGCACCCGGAUGCGUGAGCGUUCGGUCAUUGAUGCCCGGGCUUGCGUUCAACUAGACUUAUGAAAACAUAUCCCACAAAUUAUUGUUUCAUCGAUUCCCGAGGCAUGUGGCCAUUCGGAAGAAAUGGCUUCGAUUCUUCGAACAGGACCCAAACAGCAAUACUAAAAACAUUGCUCGCUUUACAGUCCAGAUUGUUUCAUGCAUAUCGAUGGCUUGGAUGUACAAUAUCGCAGAAAACUGAUACGAACAGCUGUUUCUACCGUCAGAAAGGUCAACGCUUCUCAUGCCUCGGGACUAGAGACUGAAAAAAUGUUCCAGGGCAUAAAAGUAGCAAGGAGGCAUUUCGACUGAAUGUAAUACUUUUCCGUUUACUAUUUUUCACAUCAAAGGCAGCCGUUGCAGUAUUCCAAGCUCUGCAAUACAAUUUUCUUAACCAAUUUUCAAGUUGCUAGAACCUACAUUAUAGAGCCAUCAAAGGUAAAAAUAAUGAUUGUAUUGAUAUCAACACAAUUUUAUUUUAUUGAUUUUCAUGAUCAUGAUCUAACGUUUCAUCUAUGACUCAGGAAUUUAGUGGUUUUCGUAGCUGUUUCGAUGAUGUUGUCUGGCAUCAGUGUCGGAAAAAUAACGAUGCUUUCACCAAUACAAACAAAACCAUUGCGGAAAAUUGAAAAAUGAAAAUUUUACUUUCGGAGUACUCGCUCGAGUUUUCCGACGUUAUAAAU